AUGUGGGCGAAGACAAAGACCAGCAGCAAGGCCGGCUUCGACAAGCUGUACGGCCUGGUCGACAAGCUAGGCCCGCCCGUCAACCGUCUUAGCAACAAGCUGGGUUCCGAAGCUUUCUGGCCCACAACCCUCGACAAGGAGAGCGACAAGGCUGCGCGCAUUUUGAAGAGUUUCUGCAAAGAUGGCUUCUACCAGGAAGAGGAACGGCCUAUCGCAGAGGGCCCCAGAACAAAACAGAAAGUGCUCAAGAAAAUUCCGACCGAGGUAAUCAAGAAUGCAAAAGGCCUUGCCAUUUUCACGACCAUGCGAACCGGUCUCUGGUUCUCCGGCGCCGGUGGAAGCGGCAUUCUAAUCGGCCGGACAGAGGAUGGAACUUGGUCACCGCCCUCAGGCAUCAUGCUGCAUACCGCCGGCUUGGGUUUCUUGGCCGGGAUUGAUAUCUACGACUGCGUCGUUGUUAUCAACACGCAGCAAGCACUUGACGCUUUCACCAAGAUUCGAUGUACUCUUGGCGGAGAAGUCAGCGCUGUCGCUGGUCCCGUCGGGAUAGGUGGGAUUCUUGAGACAGAAGUCCACAAACGCCAGGCUCCGGUUUUUACAUACAUGAAAUCGAGGGGCCUAUACGCCGGCGUGCAAGUCGAUGGGACUAUUAUUAUCGAACGCACAGAUGAAAAUGAGCGAUUCUACGGAGAGCGGAUCGGUGUUGGUGACAUCUUAAGAGGCAAGAGUCGGCAUCCGCCUUAUGAGAUCAAGAGGCUGCACGAGACUAUCAAAGCUGCACAGGGAGACUCGGACUUUGACGAGUCGAUGAUUCCGAGUGAGCCACCUCCGGCUGACUAUGAGAUCGAAGCUUCCACAGACAAGACCUUCGGCAUUCCUGAUAAAGAAGAUCCCGACCCUUACGGAGUAUUAGCACUACAGGAUGCGGGUUUCGAGAUCAAGGAAGCGGGCACCCACAAGCGGCCCACCAGCGAGCAAUUCGAGUUUAACCCAUCUCCGACUAGCCCAAUAUACUCAACGUUCAGACGAAGCUUCGAUCGCUCAAGCAUCGAUGGCCGAAGCGUCAGCAGAAGGUCCUCUUGGAGGACCAGCACUAUCAGCAGUGUCCUGGAACCACGGACGCCUUCGAAGAUGGUGGAUAUGAGCACACAAACUGACACGGAUGCGCCUGCGCCGAUACAAGUACCACCGCCUCUGCCUCCACGACAGAAUCACACACCCAGUCCUACGUUAGCGGACAUUCCCGAAUCAAAAGUUAUUGAAGAUACCCCAACAAAAGAAACUGAAAAUUCAUUGGUUCGCAAGAGCGAAGAAACGGAUGAAACCCCUAUUAUCCCUUCCGCCGAAAAUACUGCACGAGAACCUCCAGUGUUCGACGAUGUUGACCUGGAUGAUGAAGCCUCGGACGAAGAGGAGCCUAUUAUUGAGGAAAUACACCAAGCCGCAGCACCGCAAACCAUCACCCGCGCUCGCAUCGUUCAAGUCGCUAAGCCCAUGGCACCAAAACUGCCACCCAGGAACCCAUUCCGUAAUCGAAGCUCGUUUCAAUCCACCACGUCAAACGAUGAAUUGGCACGCGACGCCUCGACGGCCCCUUCGCCUGUGACGGGCCACAGCCCACCUGCCACCCCCUCGCUUAAGGACGGCUCUUCUGCUUCCUCGAUCGACGAUUUCGAGCGACUUGAGCACGUCAAUAAGGAGCAUUACCCGCAAGUUUCAUACGAGCCCAAAGAGCAGAAGGAAGAAAAAGACGACUUCCAUUCACUCCCAGAGUCACCAAACAAGGCUAUCCCUGGAGGUUUCCAUUAG